AUGCGAUCACCGGAUUUCAAGCGCCGGAAGACCGCGUGGGUGGCGCUGGCCGCCAUUUGCCUGGCCUGCACUCUUUCGCUGCUCUUUUACCAGUAUGAGGACAUCCCACUGUCUCUAUCUUCAAGUCGUCCAGUGAACCCAGUACUGGAAACCCAAACAAUUAACGACCACUUAAAUACCACUACCCCGAGCAGUUCGCCGUCUCCUAUCAGCAGCAAUAGUGCCACCCCAUAUAACCCCAGCAAUGCUGUGCAAGGCGAUCGCCGCUGUCAAGCCUUCGCCGAUCCCGGCAACGUCGUCUUCGUGAUCAAAACCGGCGCCACCGAAAUCUACGAAAAACUGCCCACGCAACUCCUCACAACUCUCGGCUGCACCGAGGACUUUCUUCUCUUCUCCGACCUAGACGAGCAAAUCGGCCCCUACCGGAUCCGCGAUACCCUCGCCGAUUUCAACGAGACCCUCAAAGCCACCCUCCCGGAUUUCGAGUUGUACCGGCUACAGCAUGAGUUUCGUCGCACCAAUCAGGAUAUGGCACGCCUAAAGGGCGAACAUGCAUGGAAGCUGGACAAGUACAAGUUCCUGCAUCUGGUGGAAAAGGCGUGGCUGGAGCGCCCGGGCCGCGAUUGGUACUUUUUCUUCGAGACGGAUACCUACAUUGUUUGGACAAAUCUUGUCCUAUGGUUACAACGGAUCUCGCCGCCCACGGAGCCGCUGUACUACGGCUCCGUUGCGUACUUUAUGAACGACCCCUUUGCGCACGGUGGUAGCGGGAUCAUGAUCUCGGGCAAGCUGCUCGAGCAGUUUAUUGGUGGGGAGCCCGGGCUCGCGAAUAAAUACGACGAUGUUUUCGAGUCGAAUUGCUGCGGGGAUUCUGUGCUCGCGAAUACUAUCCGCAAGGAGCUCAACAUCACGGUCCAGAACAUGUUCCCGCAGAUCAACGGGGAGAAGCCAUCGACGCUCCCCUUCGGCCCGACGCACUGGUGCCAGCCCGUUGUAACGAUGCACCACCUGCACCCGCGGGAGCGGGCGGCGAUCUUUGACUUCGAGCAGGCCCGGCCAGACCUAACUCAACCCCUUACCUUCGCCGAACUCUCACACCUCACCUUCCCCAACGAUACCAUGUUCGAUUACGAAGAAGACUGGGACAACCUCUCAAACAUCGGAAUCGAAUUCGCCGGCGCGCUCUCCCCAUCCCUCGAAACCUGCCGCGACGCCUGCAAGGGGCUGAAGCAGUGCUUCCAGUGGCGGUACGACACGGACGGGAAAUGCGAGGUCUCGACGCAGGCGUUCCGUCUCGGCGCGAAGAGGUGGCCGACGAAGGACGGGCACCGUGUGUUUUCGGGAUGGAAUACCGAUGUCAUCCGUCAGUGGAGGGAGGACCAUCCUUGCCACGGCGUGAAAUGGGUUGAGCCUAGGGCGCCGGAUUCAUGA